UCAAACACCCACUAUGGGAUGGCCGACGUGCACCGAAUCAGAGACAGCAGGGUUGAGCUGUUGAAGCUCCAGCAGAAGCAUCUAGCGCUCAAACGACGUCGGUCGUUCCUUCGCGAGUUUGCCGAUAAGCUGGGUUUUGUACUUCGAGCUGCGGGUAGCGAGCAGCUCCACGGAAGGAGACCCCACGACGUUCUCGCCAAUGCUCCGGAGAAGGGUCGACCGCGAACUGGCGAAUCUUGAGUCGCUCUUGCACGAGCUGGAAGUGACACCCAUGAGGAUAGAGGCUCAGCGGGCUUCAGUGGAUAGCUAUAUGAACCUUGUCAUCGCGACCAACUCUCAAAUCACGGCCACCGCAUCCCUUGUGGAGGGCAGGAUCAUGCGAACGAUAGCGGUGGUUACCUUCGUCUUUCUGUCAGGCACAUUCGUAACAGCUAUCUUUAGCAUGUCAAUAUUCAACUGGAGCUCGGAUGGGGCUGCGGAUGAACCAAUAGUGUCCCGGUAUAUCUGGGUCUACGUGUUGAUAACGGUCUUACUGACAUCUUGCGUGAUACUCGGUUAGGCGUUGUGGAUGCGCAAAGAAAGAGAUCCGCCGGGGAAUGUGGAAUUAGGGCUCUAUCGCCGGCCGUUACUCAGACCCAUCGCCUCGCGACAAGAUGCCUAGAAACAGAUUGGUGCCU